GUAUAUAAAAUAUAAAUUUUCAAACAUUGAUUGGUAUUUGAUAAAUUUGACAUUUCAUAAAAAUGAUCAUCUCGGCUUUAGACAAAGAUACCGUAAAACUCAUAACUACUACUCAAAUUAUAACUUCGAUAUCUACUGCUGUAAAAGAAUUAUUAGAAAAUGCAUUAGACGCUGAUGCUAAAAAUGUCGAAAUUAACUUGAUAGACAGCGGGUGUACCUUAAUAGAAGUGAAGGAUGAUGGUUAUGGCAUUUCAAAAAUAGAUGCUCCUUACAUGGCUCUAUCAGCUUACACGUCAAAGAUACAUAGUUUUUCUGAUUUAGAUUCAUUAGAAACGUAUGGAUUCAGAGGAGAGGCUUUACAUGCAUUGAGCUCAGUAUCAGAUCUUACAAUUAUAUCAAAAAGAGAACAAGAUGAAAUUGCUGCAUCUUAUACUAUUGAUCAUUAUGGGCAUAUCAUAAGUUCAGAACCUUGUCAUAGAUCUACAGGAACAACUGUACAAGUGAAGCAAUUGUUUAAACACAUGCCAGUUAGAAGACAAAUAAUUACACAUUCAAAGAAAGCUAAUCAAGAUAUUAAAACCUUGGAGUCUUUAAUACGAAGUUAUGGAAUAUGCAAAUUUUUUGUACGAAUAAGUUAUAAAGUAGAUAAUAAUAUUAUAUUUGCAAAACCUAGUUUAACUAGUCUUGAAGAAGCAGUUACAUAUACCCUUGGUAAAAAAGUAACAUGUAAUAUGAAUUGGAUGGAUAUUACAGAUACAGAUAUCAAAAUGAAGAUAAUGGUACCUUCGAAACCAAUACAAAAUGUGUCUGAAGUAUUUCAUUCUGGAGCACAAUAUAUUUUUGCGAACAAUAGACCAAUUAAACAUAAAGAAUUAGAAAAGAUAGUAAUUAAAAUAAUUUUGGAGGCAUUGGAACAAGAAUUAUCAUUGAGGAAAAAACCUAUAUUUGUUCUAUACAUUUUAAUAAAUGCUGCAAAUGUAGACAUUAAUCUAGAACCAAAUAAAACUUUUGCCCUUUUUAAAGACCAGAACAUGGUUAUUAACAUGGUAGAAAAGUAUUUAGAAAAUUUUUAUGGCAUACAAAGAGAAGUACAAGAAAAAAGCACUUGUGACAGUUCAUUUGCUGACUAUCAAGAUUAUACAUUAAAAACAAAUAUUAGUAAUGCUGAAAUUGAGGAACCUGUAUUUAAGAAACGAAAAUUAAUAGAAGAAGAACAGAAAAGCAGAACAGAAGAAAAUAUUGAUAAACCUAUUAAAAAGAACAUAAAUGCUGAUGAAAAUGUAGAAAAUAAUGUAAAUUCUGCUGAAAGUAAUAAUUUUGAACAUAGAAAGCUGAUACAAAUUUCUCCUAAUAAACAAGAUAGUAACAAAGGAAGUGCGGAAAGAUGCGAAGAAAAUAUAAAUAAUCUUAAUGUUCAAUUACCAUUUUUAGAUUUAAGUGAUCCAGAUUCAAAUGAUUCGCAAAAUUUUGCACUGACUUAUAGCAAUAACAAUAUUUCUCAUAGUUCAGUUAAUGAUAACAUGAAAGAAAACAUUGAAGAUACUCCACCAUUUGAAUUAACACAAAAAUCUGAAGCACUCAGUGAACUGCCAGUAAUAGAUUUAGGUGAAGAUUUUGAAUUAGAUGACUAUUUAAAUAUAAAUAAAAAUGGAAAAGAAAAUAAUAUAAAAAAUACUAAUCCAGAAAGUUUGUAUACAAAGGAUAAAUUAGAUACAAAAAACACUGUUACAUUGAAAGAAUGGAGUAAAGGACAUGUAUCUGGUUUGCAGGGGGGUACAGAUAUAGAACUUUAUACUUAUGUAGAACCAAAUAAAUCAUCAAAUAAUGAUACACAUGGAAAUGUAUGUGAAGGCUUCCUCAAAUUUUCCAAACAUAUCAGACCAGAAGUCCUAAAGCAAAAUCCUAACAUGACAGCACCUCAAAUUGCUCAUACAGUAACUAGUCUUUGGAAAAAAUUAUCAUCCGAGGAACGGGGAUAUUAUAGAGAUCUUGCACGUGACGAAAAAGCUGAUUGCGAUAGAGAUAAAUUAAAAACAAAAGAAAAAGAUACAGUGGAUACCAAUUCGAAAGAUAAGAAUAGACUAUUGAAAGCAUUAGAAAAAAUAAAAAGAAUGAAUUACGAGAAGAAAGAAAAUUUAGUUAUGAGGACUACCGUACCUUGGGAUAUAGAUAUAAAGAAAGUUACUGAAAAAUUUCGAAAUAAUUCUUCAUGUGAACAUACCAAUCUUGUUGUUGGACUGUUAUGUUCAAAUUUAUGGAUUGUUUACAAAUCUACACAUAUUUGGAUUUUAGAUGUGAAAAAUCUUAAAAAAGAAUUGCAUAUACCUGAGACAAACAUGAACAAGGACAGUGCUGAAAAUAUAGGACAACUUUUGCAGCAAUGGUUUUCAUUAAAAAAUGAUUUAUCUUUAUUAUAUCCUAUACAUUCAGUAACAAAAAUUAAGAAUAGUUUUUAA